ACACUGUUCAAUACAUAUAAAGCUAAAAAAAAAAAAACCAUGCCACUACAGAUAGGAUCGAUGGCAAUUUGCCAAGUAGUACAUUAGCUGUGUGCAAUUUGGGAUCGUACUCACUAAAUCAAACUAACUAUUAUUUAUAUUAUGAUAAGAACGGCAUAUUCAUCUCAUACUCUAAUAAUUUGGUCCCACCUUUUAGCCAAAAGCCUGAUUUCUUUUUCCACUCUUCCAUUAUUUCUUCAACUUUUGGGACCCCAAUGCAUGUGGAGUAACACAAAAUCAAUGCAUGCGAAUUACUCCACUUUAGAAUCAGUAACAUUCUUCCCUUUGAGUUUCUAUAAAUUGGUAUCCAUUCUCUCCUUCUCUCCUCACUCCACCAUCUCGCAAUUAGCUAUACAAUAUUAAGAAUUAUUUACUACUAAAAUAUUCCAAAUGAGAGCUAUGGAAUCCUCAUUAUCUUCCACAAAUUUUGUCACGCUCCUCAUUUUUCUUUGGGCUACUUUCUACCUAGACUCAACCUUGGCGGCCGCCGCCGGAGCCCGGCCAGUAUCUAAAAUCAGUACCGAGUUCAUUAGAACAUCUUGUAGCCAAACAACCUACCCAAAACUCUGCUUUAGUUCUCUUUCAAUUCAUGCCCAAAAGAUCCAAACAAGCCCUCAUCUUCUAGCCGGAACAGCCUUAAACGUGACACUCUCCCAGGCCAAGGCCACGACCACCAUGAUGUCGAGGCUUUCAUUGAGCCACGGACUGAGGCCCAGAGAGGUUUCGGCCAUGAAGGAUUGCGUUGAGGAGCUGAGCGAGACCGUGGACGAGCUCCGGAGGUCCAUUGGUGAGAUGAGUGAGCUCAAAGGCCAUGUUGAUUUUAAACUCAUGAUAAACGACAUUCAAACUUGGGUCAGUGCAGCUUUGACCGAUGAGAACACUUGUUCUGAUGGGUUCCAAGGGAAGAAAAUGAAUGGGAAUUUAAAGACGGUCGUUAGAGGCAGAAUUGUUAAUGUUGCCCAAUUGACUAGCAAUGCUUUGGCUUUGAUCAACAGAUAUGCUUUGAUUCGUGGCUAAAACCUUUUUUUUUUUACUUUUAAAAGAAUUAUUACUAUAUAUUAAGGUUUGGUUAAGUUUGGACCAACUUAAUUAUGAGUAGUUUAAUUGUCUGGCGAGAUCUACUGGCGUGGUCAUUAAGAUCUGUUUUUGUCAUUAGUUGUUUCAGCGUGAGAUUAUGAUUGUAAUUAAUUGAUAUAUUUAUAUAUAUAUAUAUAUAUAUAUGUAGCCCGUAUGGUAUGGUUGAUAUUAGAUGUGUCGGUAAUGGCAUUAUAUUUGUAAAAUAAAUAUUAUGGUACAAUUUAUAUGAGUAUACAUGGUGUAUAAUGUGCACCCCAUUUCUUAA